GAUCUGUCAGUCACCAAGGUUUGUUUUGAUCCGACAAAAGUGCGUUUUAACUAACUUACCUGGUUUCUGUUUGGUCAGUAAGAAAGAAGAGUUAAUUCAAACUUAGAGAUCAGGUUUAACAACAGCUCCUCUCUGACGCAGAACGCUCUGGAUGGGGAAAGAAGUGAGUUUGCAGGAGACCAGUAGGUUGUGACGUUCAGGGCCGCUGAACAUACAGGCUUGAAUUCAGUGGUGUGGAGUUCUGGUUUGAGAUGGCAGACGCGUCAGGGAAUGGUUUUGAGGCGGAGCCUCUGAAGGGUGGAGAGGCAGAAGGGGGCGUGUCUAAGAAGAAAAGCUGCACAGAAAAGCUGGGCUUGUCGCACCUGACAGGCUGGCGCACAGCUGCCUUCCUCCUCUCGCUCUUCCUGUGCCUGGCGGUGGUCUUCGCCUUUUCGUUCAUCCUUCCCUGCCCCGUACGGCCUCAGUACUCUUCCACCUGGAACCGGACGUUACCUGACGCAGCCUCCUAUGAUUUCCUGGCUGUCGAGGACACAAAUGAAGACAAAGUCUUGGACGUGUUGUUCAUCUACAAGGAUUCUGAAGCCAGCCGCAACACGUGUUUGAGUGAAGAUUUAUCAGUCCCGUGUCUGGUUUUAACGGCUGUUGAUGGCACUGAUGGGAAGACGCUUUGGGAAAGACCUCUAGCUGCUGAGUUAGAUUGGGUGGAGUGUGGCGUUAAGGGCCUUGGACAUCAAGGAACGGGAUGUCUGGUCGCUCACGCACACAAUCUCACUGCUAUCGAUAAAAAGACAGGUACGAUCAGGUGGCAGCAGUCGCGUUCUGCUGUGCUGAACGGAAACCUGCCGCUCAUCAGCAUUCAGGAUCUGAACUCUGAUAAAGCAGAAGACUUUGCCAUACUUUCAUAUAAUCCUGAAGAGGCGUCGCUCACACCCGUACCGAGUGAGCUGGUGUUUUUCUCGGGGAGCUCAGGAGAACAGCUCGGUAUAAAUGUGUAUGUUGACUGGAACGGGGUGUUUGGUCACCAGCAGAUCAAAACAGCCAGCGGUGCUCCAUACCUGCUGUUACUCACGAAAUCUGGGCUCCAUGCGGUCAGUUUUCGACAUCUGACGGAUCUGGCCGGUCUGGGGUCUGCGCUGAAGGAAGAGAAAAGCUGGAAGGAACAAUCGGAUAAAGACACUGGAUUGAUCUCCCUCUAUCCGUCCGAUUCUCUGAAGCGUGUGAUGGUUUUUCCUGGCAGUGGUUCUCUAUCACUGCUGGUCCAGACUGACUCCAGCGUGUCUCUGCUGCACACAGACAAGCUGAAGACCGCAUGGACCACCAACACCAGCACCCUGCUCAGUGUGCCGACAUUUGGGCAAUUCGACAAAGAUGGAAUUCCAGACAUAAUGAUAGAGGAAGACAUUGGCAAUAAAACCAAAAGAGUGCUGGUUCUCAGUGGGAGCUCCGGGGAGGUCCUGUGGGAGGUCAGUCUGUUCUUCUGGACUCCGAGUCCUCGUCCGGCGUCUGUCCUCACGCUGAACACCUACUCAGUGUUCAUGCUCUGGGGACAGAGUCAGAGUCACGGCAACCAGACUAAUAAGACGCAGUCAUCAUUCCUGCUGCAUCCUCGAUAUUCCCAACUUCUGCUUGAAAGAAGAAACCCUGCCCAGAGCAUCAUCUCUUUUAAGGCGAUGCUGCUGGAGCGAGGCCGCCACGCCGGUUACCUCGUCCUGACCGGACCGGAUGGACGGCGGCACGGAGACGCCGACGAGAGCGAGCCGGUGAUUUUAUACAAGCGGAAGAUCAAGGGGGACGUGCCGGAGAGCGCCGCGCUGAGGGUCGGAGCCGACGAGACGGCCGUGGAAGAAGCCGAGGUGAAGGAGGCCUUCUACAGGCUGCGCUUCAGCGACGCACUUUUCUGAAACGCUAAUCUUCAUCCCAAAGGUCAUGCAGGCCAAAACAAAAAGUGGAUGUCUGCUUUAUUUAUAGAUCUGUUAAUCAGAUCCAGUUUAAGCUGUGCUUGAGAACGAUGUCAUUAAAACCAGAGACACUUAAAGAAUACUAAACCAAAUCAUCGGGGUUUUGUCCCCAACACUACACAGCUGCAUUUAUUUUGUGGUACUUAUAGGUUUUGGGUUACGGUGCGCUAUUUUACGACAAUCAUAAACUACUGUAAAGCAUUUCAGAAUUUUUUCAUGCCCCGAGACAAUCAGGCGGUACAUUUGUUUUAGUAACAAUCAGGGAUUUCGUAUAAAAGUGAAUCUCGUACUGGGUCACGGUCAGCCUAAAGGAAUAGUUCACCUAAAGCUGAUGCGCUCACUCACGUUUAUUCAUCAGGUUUCGAGAAAUGUAGCUCUACGACGGAUGCUCUGCGGUGAAUGGGUGCCGUCAGAAUGAGAGUCCAACAUCACGUCCAUCAGUUAAUGUCUUGAACCGCUUAAACUCGCUAUGUGCUCGCAAGAAACAAAUCCAUCAUUAAGACAUUAAACCGGCUCCUGCUUAAAAUAGUCUAUAAAUCCAUAAUGCGAUCCAAAUCUUUACAUUAAAAUGCACCAACAUAUUUGUUUAGACCUCUUUUAGCCGGUUACCUGUGCAUGUUUCUCUCCAGAUUCAGAGCACAUGACUAUUUAAAUGGAGAAAGCGUGUGCGUAGUGUGACUCGUAUGCAUUGCACUAGCCACAAGCACUUUUUUUUUUUUUACAUGUUCUGCAUUUCAAAGGUAUUCUAUGCUAAAAUUACAUUUAGAAAUGACAAAUCCCUAAUGCAGAGAAGCCACUUCUUUGUCAUUUGUGUAGAUGAGCGCUAUCUUUCUUUCACUGAAGUCCUCUCUUCUGAUACAUCUUCAGUCAGAUCCCUCUCUGCGUGCAGCAGAGAAAUAUCUGAGAAUCUGCCCCGUGCCGCUGAAGGUGGCUUUAAUACAGCUAACUGAAAUUAAAAUUAAAGUAGCCCAGAAAGUAUGUACUGUAUCCACUAAAAAUGAUCAAAACAAAUGUUACAUUUCAACUGUAGCUCACACAAAAUCGUGCAGCUGUUCAUUAAGAUGUUAACUGCAGUCGUUCUGACGGCACCCAUCCACUGCAGAGCGUCCGUUGGUGCCACAUUCCUCCAAAGCCUGUUCCCGUGAAGAAGCAUAAGCAGAUUCUCAUUUCCGGAAAUGUCACAAAAACUGCAGUUGCCCCAAGACUGGCCUUCAUUUUCCUUUGCAGAAUAUAAUUUCCUGUUUUUUUUUAAUUAAGCAAAGGAAUGAGUAUUUCAUAUUUGCGGUGCCGUGUUGCUCCUGUGUCACAGGAUGCUUGCUUUCUUGAUGGUUUUGAGUCAAAGCAAAGUGUUUGUAAGCGUUGUCAAACUGCUGUUGUUAAAGAUGCACCUUUGUCGCUCUUGUUAACUCACUGUGCUGAUCUGUUAGCAGGGAGGACUCUUAUCACGUAGUGCUGUACAUUUAGUGCCUUAAACAGGGACCUGAAACCUCACAUCCUGUCCUUAUGCUGUUUUGAAUUAAAGCGGUGCUGUGGGUGUUUGAGGCAACGAGCAGAAGUGCACCUUUAGCUUCUCGUAGGAAAAAGUCAGAGCUUUAUGGCGUCUUCGGGGGUCUCUGCAAUCGACGGGAUGAUCAGGGGGGUCCGAAACCACCUUCCUUUGAAUCUAAAGGAGCCAAAAAUGAACGAGACACUGUGCGUUGAAUACAGUCUUGAAAUUGACCGUGCAUCAUAUAUAUAAUUACAGAUUUAUGAUUAACUGGUUUCGUAAACCUGUAGAUCAGGUCGGAAUGGAGCUUGUGCUGUUUUCUGUCUUUAUUUGAGAAUAAAUGAUUGCAUUGUGCAAUAAAUAAAAUGCCUUCAGUA